AUGAGAGCCCGGAGAGACGGCUCAUCGGCCCGCAGCUCGCUGCUCUCAGUCCGCAUGUUGGCGGCUCCUCUGAUCAGGGUCUCGGAGAAAGGACCCCCCUCGGGGACUCGGGGUCACGCUCAGACGGAGCAGGAACUCUUGUGGGACGUUCAGGGUCCAGGAAAAGUCAGCGCUGAAGGCCCCGAAGGCACCAGACUCUGUGGAGAAAUCAUCAGAAAGCUUUGUGUGUUUGUGUCGGCAGGCUGUGCAGUGAAGGAUUAUGGGAACGUGGCGUUUGAGGACUUGGUGGAGGACGCGCCCGUGGGCGGGGUGAAGCGAGUGCGAUCGGUCGGCAGCGCCAACCGGAGGCUGUCGGAGGCAGUGCAGGCGGUGAAGAAGGACGGACACACAUCAGUGAUGCUGGGAGGAGACCACAGCCUGGCCAUCGGCUCCGUUCACGGUCACGCCGCCGCGGUGGGAGAUCUGAGCGUCGUGUGGGUCGACGCUCACGCCGACAUCAACACACCGCUGAGCUCGUAUACCGGAAACAUCCACGGGCAGCCGGUCUCCUACCUGCUGCAGGAGCUGCAGUCUAAGGAUGCAUCCGGCUGCUACAUCCUGAAGCUCCUGGGGGUGAAGGUGUUCUCCAUGUCCGAGGUGGAUCAACUGGGCAUAGCUAAAGUCAUGGAGGAGACGUGUGACUACCUCUCUGCCAAAGUGAAGAAACCGAUCCACCUGAGCUACGACAUCGAUGCCAUCGACCCCUCUGUUACCCCGGCAACAGGUACACCUGUAGUCGGAGGGCUCACCUACAGAGAGGGAGUCUACAUCGCCGAACACCUCGGUCAGACAGGUCUUCUGUCGGCAGUGGACAUGGUGGAGGUGAAUCCUCUGAGGGGUCAAAGUGACGAGGAGGUCCGGUCCACAGUCAGCACGGCGGUGGAUCUGCUGCUCGGAUGUUUCGGACGCCUCCGUGAGGGAAACCACUCACCGGAUUACCGCCUGCCCGAGCCUUGACGGCGGAGAACGCUGAAGUCUCUGACUGAACUGAUGGACGCCUGAACGUCUCUGACGAAGGGGACAAUCAGAUUUUAACUUCAGAGAUGAUUAAACUCCUGUAAUGUGAUGUCACAGUGCAAGCCCAGCUAGUGUUUAAACCAAAGAAACAAAGAUUUCUGUGUGGACGAAGCGCUUGCUCUCAGGAAUUUUAAAAACAUAAAAAGCACAAAUUAUGUAAU